AUGGUGUACGGUUUGAAGGUUGAAGACAGACUUGAUGGAGCUUCGAAUUUCAAUUCGUGGAAGAUCAAAAUCCUUGUUACUCUUGAGGAAAAUGAUCUUCUUCAGUUUGUAGAAGGAAAAGAUCAGCCUGAGCCUGAAGAUCAAGAAAAGAAACUCCAAUUCAAGAAGAAUUUUGUCACAGCAAAGAAGAUCCUGAUUAACUCUGUGAAGGAUCAUCUUGUACCUAUCAUUUCCAAGAUGUCUUCAGCUAGAGAUAUGUUCAAAACCUUGGAAGGCAUGUAUGAGAUCAACAACACCAGCAGAGCUCUCACCUUAAGGCAACAACUUCACAAUGUAAAAAUGGAUAAAGAUGAAUCGGUCAUCUCAUUCUUUAUGAAGAUUACUGAUUUGAGAAAUCAGUUGAGCACUAUUGGGGACAAUAUUGCUGACAGAGAUCUUUAUUGUUAUGAUGGCACUUAA